AUGUCUUCCAUGGUCGGAACCUUGGGGUUAUUUGACUACAGGAGUCAGGAAUGGCAAAUAUUUCGCAGCCGAUUGGAGUUGUUUUUAAAAGUAAACAAAGAAGUUUUAAAAGGUAACGAGGCGGCGGUGCUGCUGACGCAUUUGUCGGACGAUACCUACCGGCUGGUGCGUAACCUGGUGCAUCCGCGAAAACUAGAGGACCUUAAGUUCGAGCAGUUAAUAGAAGCAUUGCAAGCCCAUUUCACGCCGAAGAGGUCUACGUUCGCCGAUAGGGCGAAAUUUUAUGAGGCGACAAAAUUCGACGGCGAAAGUGCAGAAGAUUGGGCGGCACGACUCAGAGGACUAGCCGUGCAUUGUGAGUUUGGUGCGGAGCUGGAAACGUUGCUGCGCGAUCGUUUCGUUUUAGGGUUCAAAACGGGCCCGGAACGCGAUCGCCUUUGCGAGCAGGAAAUAAAAAAUUUAACGCUCGCCAAGGCCUUGGAGGUAGCUCAGCAGGCGGCGUGUGCGCGUCAAGCGCGUGCCGCGAUCCUGGACGUGGCGCGAGUCAAGGACGAGCCGGUGUACAAGGUCGAGGGUUGGCGCGGUCAGGGCGCGCCGGCGGCGGCGGCGCGGGCCGGGCCUGCGGCUGCCGAGAUAAAGUGUACCGUGUGCGGUCUGCGGAAUCACGUCGCGAGCAAGUGCCGUUACAAAAAUUAUAAGUGUCAAAUUUGUGGCCAAAAAGGGCAUUUAAAAAAAAAAGUGUGUUGCAAGAAAUCACGUGUUCACAAUAUCGAAGUGCAAUCGGAAAGUGACCAUGAAUGCGAGGAAUGCAAAUUAUUCAACGUGAGUUUUCAUGAAUGCGACGGAGAGGUGCUAAAAUUACUGAAUGAAUACCCACACAUUUGGAAAAACGACCUAGGUACUUUUAACAAGUUCGAAGUGGAGUUAACCCUAAAAGAAAAUGCACAACCAAAAUUUUGCAAGUCGCGUGUUGUACCUUUUGCCCUAAAAGAUAAAGUCACCGAAGAAUUAAAUCGAUUGGUGGGGUUAGGUAUUUUGGUGCCAGUAAAAUUUUCAGAAUACGCAACGCCGAUUGUACCUGUUCUAAAAGAAAACGGGAAGAUAAGUGUUUUUUUUUUCCAGGAUAGCGUGACGUAUUUGGGUUACGUUAUCGAUAAGAACGGUUUGCGAACGUGCCCUAAGAAAGUUGAAGCUAUCGUUUGUGCGCCUGUACCGCAAAACGUAACGGAAGUAAAAAGGUUUUUAGGCGUAGUAAACUACUAUCGCAAUUUUAUUCCAAACGCUUCGGGGUUGUUACUGCCGUUACAUGAACUGUUGAGGAGUGAAGCUGCGUGGGAAUGGGGCGCGCGACAGCAACAGGCGCUGGAGGCGGUGAAGCGCGAGCUGAGCGGCGCGCGGGUGCUCGCGCACUUCGACCCGCAGGCGCCGCUCGUGCUCACGGUGGACGCGAGCCCGGCGGGACUCGGCGCGGUGCUCGCGCACGCUGACGCAGACGGCCGCGAACGGCCUAUCGCAUUUGCCUCGCGGUCUUUGACAGUUAGCGAGAGGAACUACAGUCAAAUCCAGAAGGAGGCCACCGCGAUUGUUUUUGGGGUAAAACGCUUCCAUCAGUAUUUGUACGGCAGACAGGACCCUUUCGUACUCAAAACGGAUCACAGGCCAUUACUUUCUAUAUUCGGAAAGAAAAAUGGCAUUUCGGUUACCGCGGCACUCAGGCUACAGAGAUAUGCAGUUAUUCUGUCCGCGUACAACUACACGGUGCAGUAUAUAAACAGCAAAAAUAAUGCUGUGGCCGACUAUUUUUCUAGGGCACCAUUAACAGCAUCGAGUAAUGAGUGCGAAAGGGAUAGCGGUAAAUAUUUCCUUUUCCUCGAUGCAAACAUCCAACCGGUUUCUUUUAGUGACAUAAUAGAAGCGACUGCGCGUGACUCAGUAUUACAAACAGUAAUUAAGUAUAUGAAUAGGGGCUGGCCGCGCAAAAUAAAAUGCAAAGACAUACAACCGUAUUACCAUUGUAAAUCCGAUUUAGAAUUUAAUUCCGGGUGCCUAUUUCGGGGUCAUCGUAUUGUUAUACCGAAGGAAUUUAGGGCUCGUAUGUUACAGGAAUUGCAUUCGGCUCACUUCGGAGUAGUAAAAACCAAAAGUACAGCUCGUUGUAGAAUGUGGUGGGCCGGUAUCGACGCCGAUAUCGAGCGGUGGAUCGGUGCGUGCGAAGAGUGUGCGCGACUGCGGCCCGCGCCGGCACGUGCCCCGCCAGCGCCCUGGCCGCGCCCGCCCGGGCCCUGGCUACGCAUCCACAUUGACUACAUGUCGGUAGGGCAAAACGUAUAUCUGGUUGUAGUCGACGCUUUUAGUAAAUGGCUAGAAUGCAUUCCAAUGAAUCACGGCACCUCGACGUCAGCAUUGAUUGUCAAGUUGAAGUAUUUGUUUUCAAGAUUCGGUUUGCCGAAAACAAUUGUUUCUGACAAUGACAUUAAAAUAUGCGCUAAAGAAUUUCACACUUUUUGUAAUAAUAACGGAAUAAAAAACGUGACGUCACCUAUUUACCAUCCAGCUAGUAAUGGCCAAGCUGAAAACUCAGUGAAAACGUGCAAAAAAAUGUUGAAAUGCAUAUUAAAUAACAGAGUAACGCAAAAAGCAAUAAAUGAAGAGCUUUGGGGGUUCCUGUUUGAAUAUAGGAACACUGUACAUUGUACAACAAAUGAAACUCCGGCAAAACAAUUUUUUGGCCGGAAUUUGAGAUCACGGCUGGAUUUAGUAUUGCCAACUACCCGUAUGAGUGAUUCCGUAAUCGAGCAGGAAAACCAUAAAGCGUGUAAGAGUUUUCAGGUCGGUGACAUUGUUUGGGCAAAAUAUUUUAUAUCUAGGGAAAGUAAAUGGCGUCUAGCAAAAAUUGUGAAAUUAAUAGGCACUAGAAUGUAUGAAUUACAGUUCAAAGACAGUGAUAAAUUGUGUAGACGUCAUAUAGACCAAAUAAGAAAGCACACUAGUAAGGACAUGUCUGGUGGAACGGAGGCGACUGACAAUGAUUCGACACCGAAAAAUUUGUCAAGCCCAUUGGCAAUACCACCGUUAGUAACGUCACCGGUGGUAGCAGCGCCGCCGUUCACAAUGCCGUCAUCACCAGCUUCAUUCUCACCGGUCUUAACAACGCCAAAUAACUUUUCUCCAGGGUCUAACACCGCCGCGGUCUUAGACCAAAGUCGCGAGGUAGAAGAGAGGACGCUUGAGGCUGAGAAUGAGGGCGGUGAGGAUUUUAUGGAUUGCUGUGCGGAUCCAGUAGUUAUGGAGUCUCAGGAACCAAUCAGGGAUUCUGGUGGAGAGACUGCCAGACCAUCCGAACGAGUGUUACGACCUCGGAAAAAAAUAGAUUAUAAGAGUUAUUUUUAA